AUGCCUUACAGCCCACAAUCUAACUUCGUGGCACACCUCUCAGAUGCCGAGGUGGGAAAUGAGGACACGCCCGACGCGGAGGCCACGGGUCAGCGUUUCACCCGAGAUGUCCUGGACCACCAGCCCGUAAACGACUAUAGAGACGUUGGAAUCGAGCUGGAUAACCGUCUGGAUGACCACGGCUACUGCUGCCAGCACUGUCGCCGUGGUUACCGCUACUGCCGCCGCUACCACGAGCCCCUGGGUGGCUUCAACCCGUGGCCAUACUACUACCAAGGAGGCCGGGUCAUCUGUCAGGUUGUCAUGCCGUGCAACUGGUGGAUCGCCCGCAUGCUGGGGAGGAUCUGAGGAGGGCGCGUGCUGUCUGGGUUUUAAACUGUUUGUGUCGACACAGGUGCAACUUCUCCUUUUGAUAAAUAUUCCAGACCACGUUGUGAGACCAAAGCAGUCCAUUGCACACAAUUAUUAUCCAAUCUGAAAGUUGGCCCACAGAGUAUUAGCCAGUUUAAACAGUCUAAAUGGCAUUUGAGGCGUUUUGAUUCUUUCUUAAAAGGCAUUGCUCGUUUACAGCUGUCUAAUUUUCUCUGCUUAUCUACCCAUUUAGUGUCUUUGCUGUUUGAUCCUGUUGAAUAGGUGCAAUUUAGUCUGGAAGAUGUCACCAGAAACUAAUCUGCUUAAAAAAAAAACUUAAGCACUGCCUGUCCAUACAUUUUUCACCUCAUAGAUUUAAAAGACUUGUUCAACUUACACUAUAAUGUAUGAAAAUGUACAUGCAGCAUAACAAUAUGUGCAGCAGUCUGAGUGGUGCUAUCACAUUUAGUCAUUUAACUACUUCUAUUUGUCUCAGUUGUUUGUGAUCAGUUAUUUUAUGUUUGAUUAAAGAG